ACUAACACAGCAGUGCAAUAUCCGCGAGGUUUUGGAUGGAACCAAGCCAAGCAAUGUCUUGAUUUCUGGAACACACUUUGGCGGAGAUUAAGCUGAGGCAUGAUGCAGAGGUCGAGAAGGAGAAGAACAUGAAGGCCGAAGAAGAAAAGGCGAAGAAAGACAAAAAAGAUGAAGAAAGACGGGAAUCGGAGAGGAAGGAUCGUGAAGCAUUUCGUAAGCAGCUUACUGACUCGAUGAACUCGAGGUUAGAUGGAGUCGUCGAAUUGUUGCGGAACAAAGGCAGCAGCAAUGAGGUUGAAGCUUUUCGUAAGGAGGUGGAGAAGCUAAGUGGGAGAAACAUACCAGCGGUUGCCUCGACGAGCUCGGUGCAUGGUAUGUGUCAAGAUACAAACGGGCUGCUGGCGAAGAUGCUUGCGGAUCAAGAACGAAUGAAAAGUCAGUUGGAGGAGGCUUUACUUGCCAAGCGACGAUUGGAGCUGGUCGAGAAGGAGAUGAACGAGGUUAUACGUGCACGAGAUGAAGCCAAAGCGGAUGCCGAGAAGUGGCAGCAAGAGGCGCUGCACCCUGGCAAGAGGGGAUGUAUCACCCUCACCACACCUGCGACAAAAACGACCGCUCGAGCUUCCACGUCAACUCCGAUGAAAACAUUGAAGUCGCCGGUAGCAUCCGUUGAUCUGAAGAAGAUUUCUGACUUACAUCGAUUGGAGGUCGAGACGAUCCAAGAGAUGCGUUUUCGAGAGUUUAAACGGGAGGCUGAGCAUGACUUGGAGAAAGCCAAGGAGAAGAUCGCUCAGCUGGAGCGUGAGAAGUCUUUGAAGACUCCACGUUCGAAUCUGCAUGCAAGGAUGGAUGAGGCUUACACCGGUAAAGGGAAAGAGAGAUGUGCACUAGAUAAGUCUGCUAGUACUAAUGAGAAGGAGAAGGAAACUUUUACCAAAGAUGAGAGAAAGAAUCUACGGGGACUGACCAAAGAUGCGCUUGUGGCUAUCUGUGAGAAAGAAGGUGUGAAGUACACUGGUGUGAAACAGACUGUGGAUGAUAUAGUGACACAUCGGUUGAAGAAGGCGUUUCCUAUGAAAGACACCGUAGUUGAAGUCUCGGAGGACUUGGGAGACUCUGCUCACUCCUAGUGUCUCUCUCGGACGUGACGACGUUAUGGAAUCUCUUUCGACGUUGUGUUAAGUUACAAACUACUUCUA